ACAACUUAUCUAGGGUGAAUGUCUUCCCUGUAGUUUCAUAUGCUCUUCCUCAUUGCCUGAGACAAGGACAUUCAAAUAACUAGAUUUAGGUACUAAAGUCACCAUUAAUUCCUCCCAGGCCGAUAAUUUGUUCUAUGUUGGCUCUAUAUAAGUAACUUGGAUCAGAGUAUCUGGAAAAUCCAUUUCCGACAUCCUUAAACAGGAAAUAGUGCCUGUCUAUUUCACUAGGGCAAUACCAUCUGGAUACGAAGAGCAGGAAGAAUAAAAAGAAGAGAGGUUCCAACAGAAGGAACAACUGAAGAAACUCUUCUUGAUCCUUGCCUGACAAGAGACCAUGGUCAAGAGAGUUGCAAUUAUCGGAGCUGGUGUGAGUGGCCUCACCUCCAUCAAAUGCUGCUUGGAAGAAGGGCUGGAGCCUACCUGCUUUGAAAGGAGUGGUGACAUUGGAGGGCUAUGGCAAUUCACAGAAUAUGUUGAAGAAGGCAGGGCUAGCCUUUAUAAAUCUGUUGUUACUAACAGCAGCAAAGAGAUGACCUGUUACUCAGAUUUUCCUUUCCCAGAGGAUUUUCCAAACUUUGUGCCACAUUCAAAAUUUUUGGAAUAUCUCAAGAUGUAUGCGAACAAGUUCAACCUUCUGAAAUGUAUCCAAUUCAAGACUGUUGUCCGCAAUGUGAAAAAAUGUCCAGAUUUCUCUACCUCUGGCCAGUGGGAGGUAACCACCGAACAUGAAGGGAAGAAAGAGUCAGCCAUAUUUGAUGCGGUCAUGGUCUGCACUGGUUAUCUCACAGACCCGUUUUUGCCACUAGAUACUUUACCAGGUAUCAACACCUUUAAAGGUCAGUACUUUCACAGCCGGGAUUACAAGCAUCCAGAUCUGUUCAAGGAUAAGAGAGUCCUUGUGAUUGGCAUGGGGAACUCUGGUGCAGAUAUUGCUGUGGAUGCCAGUCAUGUGGCUAAAAAGGUCUUGCUCAGCACCACUGGCGGUGCAUGGGUACUCAAUCGAUUUCUUGACCAUGGGUAUCCUACGGACAUGAUGUUACUUUCUCGAUUUAAAAGUAGAUUAAAAGAUUACCUCCCAACUUCACUUGUAAACUGGUUACUUGGCAAAAUGGCGAGUAGCUGGUUCAAUCACGGAAACUAUGGUUUGAUUCCAGAAAAGAGGACUUUCCUAAGAGAACCAGUACUGAACGGUGAGCUCCCAGGGCGCAUACUCACUGGGAAGGUGUUGAUCAAACCUAGGGUGGAGAAAGUGAAGGAAAAUUCUGUGGUGUUUAAGAAUACUCCUGAAGAAGAGCCUAUUGAUAUAAUUGUCUUGGCCACAGGAUAUACUUUUGCUUUUCCUUUCCUUGAUCAAUCUAUAGUGAAAGUUGAAAACAAUCAGGCUUCUUUGUAUAAGUACAUAUUCCCUGCACAUCUGGAAAAACCAACACUGGCUGUCAUUGGCCUCAUCAAGCCUACAGGAUCCUUGACUUCUACAUCAGAAGUACAAGCCCGAUGGGUGACACGAGUCCUAAAGGGCUUGAAUAAACUACCACCACCAGAAACCAUGAGAGAAGACAUUAACAGAGUGAAAGCAAAUAAAGCCACUGGGUUUGGUAUACACUUCAAUCAGAUUUUGGAAACAGAUUAUGUCACAUACAUAGAUGAGCUCUUGGCCUUCAUCAAUGCAAAACCCAACUUGUUAUCGAUGUUCCUGGUGGACCCACUACUGGCUUUUAAGGUUUUCUUCGGGCCACUUACCUCAUACCAGCACCGUCUGACUGGCCCAGGGAAGUGGGAUGGAGCCAGGAAUGCCAUUCUGACCCAGUGGGACCGGACAAUCAAGCCAACCAAAACUCGAGUUGUACAAGAGCCUCCAGAUACUUUUUCCUACCUCCUCAAAGUCUUCAGCUUUUUGGCUCUACUUGUGGCUAUAUUCCUUAUAUUCUAAUAGCUGAAGGCUUUGGUUCCUUAGACCAAAUGUACAGGGUAGUGGAGUAAUCUCCUAGAUCCUCCAUCAGAGCAGAGCUUUCCCUCCUGUGCCUCUUUCCCAGGAUAACUAACUUGAGACCUUACUCUUCCCACCUGGAAUCCACAUUCUUUCCAGAAACUCUAUGAAAGCCCUAUUGGCCAAUAGUCUCCAGGGGGUACUUUUCCCAUCCUUGUCCCUCUAUAUACUGACCUCUAUAUUCUACCUACGUAUGGAAAGGAAACAAUCUAUAAUUGGGACCUAUGAUUAUGGUCUUUGUUUUCAUCUUUAUUAUCUGCAUCUAAUGCCAGUGGAAUAAAAUAGUUUUUCCUGAUUGUGAUAAUUUCAGAGGACUUACCAAUCUGAUUAUCUACACUUCCUUCCCCUUUGUGAAAAAUUGUUAAUUCAAUUUGUGUACCAUAGACAGCCAGAGUUUUACAAAUCCUAGGUGUCUGUAAAAGUUAAAUGCUAUGCUUUUCACUGAAGAACAAUACAAAAAGCAAUGAACAUCUU